AUGGAAUGGUGUAAAUUACGAGACUCCCCGAAUGAAUAUCUAUGGCGUCGUUUGGAGGUGCUUGUGGAUUAUAUGGUUUCAGAGGAUCAGGGAAUUCCCAUUCGAAAUGUCAAAAAUUUUAUGUCCGUGAUACCUAGUGUCUUCUCAGGCAACGAUAUAGUGCUCUGGUUCAUGGUGCACGCUGGCGCUGAUGAUGUGGCCGAGGCCGUGCACCUGGCUAGUCGCAUCGCUGCAAUGGGUUACCUCUUUCCCAUUGAUGACCACGCGAUGACGGUGAAGAAUGACAGUCACACCUACUAUCGCUUUCAGGCGCCCUGUCUCUAUCCCUCACGCUGCCCGGAGGCGGACACGGUCGAUUACGCCGUCUACCUGUGCAAACGCACGAUGCAGAAUAAGCAUCGUCUCGAGUUGGCUGAUUUCGAGGCAGAGAGAUUGGCCAGUUUGCAGAGUCUGUACUAUCACAAGUGGGAGUUCAUCUACAUGCAGGCUGAAGCUGAGAUGAAAGUUGACAAAAAACGCGACAAACUGGAGCGUGUGGUACUGGAGUCUCAGGAGGCAGCCUUCUGGAACGUUCAUCGACCUGCUCCAGGGUGUGUUAACACCACAGAGGUAGAUAUGCGUAAACUCUGCCGCGCGAAACGUCCAAAAAAGACGGGUUUGGCCGCUGGUCGGCUACAUCCCGUCACCUUUCCCAUUCCUGUUGCUAGUGGCGUUGCGGGCAAUCUUCUUUUCUCUGUAUUGGAGGGACUCUCGCCUGCAGAGAAAGUUACGAAACUUCGUGCUUCGGAGCACAAACGAAUUAAGGCCUCGAAAGCCAUUGAAAAUCUUCAGAACUACUGUGACCAGUACUUCGACUUCGAUAUGCUGCUCUACUGUGCUACGACAUCGACUUCUGGUGGUGGCUAUGAUGGAGGUGGCGGAGGAAGUGGUGGGGGUGCUGUGGGCUCUUCAAAGGCCUUGGCCACUACCAGCGGUGUAGAUAUAUCUGGAGCUGCGUCUGCUACAUCUGCAGUAUCUACUGCACAUCAUCUUUUGUUGCCUCGAAGAACCAGUGCGGGCUUGAAUAUUACGCAUGGUGCUGUGGUAAACCUCAUUCUUGGGCCGCCACCAGCUUCCGCACUAUCUGGGGCUUCUGGUGAUGUUCAAAUGGAUCUCGCAGGGCAAAGCAAUCCCUGGUUGUCCGACAACGUUACAGCCGCGGCCGAGAACUACUGGGGCUCCAGUACCACCGUUGGUGCUGGUGGUAGUGGUCUCGGCAGUGCCGUCCAACUCGGCGAACUCUCAAUACCACGUGUCAAACGGUGGUCCUUCUCCUUCCAGGAACUCCUCAAAGAUCCUCUUGGCCGUGCCAAAUUCCAGUGCUGGUUGGAGAAGGAGUUCGCCGCGGAGAAUCUCAUGUUCUGGCAGGAGUGUCAGGACUUAAAAAGCGCACCGUUGAGGGAACUCCCCCAAAGGAUCCAGUCGAUAUACUCUCAUUAUCUCUCUCUGACAGCUCCAGAACCCGUAAACGUUGACAGCAAAGUUCGAGAGGCGGUGUUUCGCCGCUUGGGUCUGCUUCGUCUUCUGCCCCCAUUGAAUCAGGAGACAGGAGGAAUGGAACCUCUGAUGGAAGGGACUAUGCUGGAGCCGCUUUCACUCAACGCUGAUGCAACCUCUCCUGUGGUGGUUGGUGCGGGAGCCUCUCAUGCGGAUCGGUAUUGCUUUGAGGAGGCGGAGGAGCAGAUAUUUCAGUUAAUGAAGUCGGCAUCAUAUUGCAGAUUUUUGCGGUCCGAUAUCUACCGAGAGUUGUUUGCGAACUCUGCGACAAAAAAGAAGCAGUCGAAGAAGCACAGAGUAGCGGUCGGUGCCGGUGUCGGUGGUAGUGGAGCUGUUGUCUUCGCAAAUUGUAGGUUAUCUGAAGUCGGAUGGGACGAAGGAGGACGGGGUGUAGUGGGUGGCCAUACCUCACUGCCAUUCUUGCAGCACAUUCUGAGAGCACGUGAGUCAACCUCGACGACCCCCACCGUUUCCGGGAUGCCCUCAGAUGUUGUCACAGAAGGCCAGACAGGUGAGAAACGACGUGACCUUUCCGUACUUGGGCACGGAAUCCCCUACGAGGUGGACCUGCAUGCCAUGUACGGAGACCGCGCUUAUCACGAACUGCCCAUUGUGCAUGUCACAACCACUCGCAACAAUACGAAGGUAGCCCUUACCGACUGUAACGGUCGCAGUCUGUGCUCUACCAGCUGCGGCUGUGAGGGCUUUCGUAAUGCCAGAAAACAAACUACUGUCGCCGCGCAGACCGUUGGCAUCUCCAUCGGCCUGAAGGCGCAGAAGUUGGGCAUCAAGGAUGUACGAGUGAAGAUGCGCGGAAUCGGCUCUAAUCGAGUGUCUACUCUAUCUGGAAUGACGCUGUCCGGACUAAAAAUCGUGUCGUUAACGGAUGACACACCCAUCCACUAUGGAAUGGGCCGAAGACCUAAAAAGGUCCCGAGGAAGUAA